AGAACGGAAAGUUGGAAGGCGAAGGUGGCGUGUCCAGCUUGGGCUCCCUUCCUGGAUAUAUCAGCCUCACCUACUGAAAAAUUAGUACUUUCUUUUUGUUGCAAAGAGAAGGCUGCAGACAAAUGAACAUGUUCCCCUUCUUCCAUCAUGUAUGAGCUCCUUUUACAAAUCCCAUGAAUCUCUCUCUCCCUCUCUCUCUGUGUCUCUAUGUGUGGGAAGGGAAAUAGCAAAGGUCUUUCGAGAGUCAACCUCUGAACAAGAAGCUUGACGGAAGUAACAACGUGAUCCGAGUCAGGAAGAGAGAGACAUUGAUACAAGGAAGCUCCUUUCUUGGUUCUGUUCUAAAGAAUACCACUGCCUUCGUUUGUUCUCUUUUUUACUUUUGCAGCUGGUGGUUUGUUACUGAGAAUUCAUUGGUUGGCUUUUUUGGACGGGAUUCAAGAGCCGCUGAAUGGACUGCAGUUCUUCGCAAUGAUGUACUUGCUCUUGAACACAUCAGCCUGCGGAGAAAAACACUGUAGCUUUUCUCUUAAAUAAUAUCGUGAAUUGGAUUCUAUGAGUUUUUUGGGUGUUCUAUGGGUUUAUAUUACGAUGGUAGGCCUUCAUUUGAGGAAAUGGUUACGGGUGUUGUGUCUGAGCAUCGUGAAUUGGAACCUUGCUAAGGAGAUCAUGGGCCAGAAGGUUGGAGGCUUUGGUGGUGCAGGGAAAUUGGGGAUCAAAUGGUGGAGAAGGGUUGUAGGAGAAGAUUGGAAGAGCCACCACAUUAGUAAAAGCAUGAGAUCUCUGAAGCUUGAGGAGGUUCCUGGAAAAAAACUGCUGGUUAUGUGGACAAUGAGUGGGAUCCUGGGUUCGUUGUGGAUUUUCUGGUAUAUCAAUUCCUUGGCUCUUCAAGGAAGAAAGGAGAUGCUGGCGAACAUGUGCGACGAGCGUGCAAGGAUGCUGCAGGAUCAGUUCAAUGUGAGCAUGAACCAUGUCCAUUCGUUGGCUAUUUUGGUCUCAACUUUUCAUCAUGGGAAGUCGCCCUCUGCUAUUGAUCAGAAAACCUUUGCGAAGUACACUGAGAAAACUGCUUUUGAACGGCCACUGACAAGUGGAGUCGCAUAUGCCCAGAGAGUGCUUCAUGCUGAGAGAGAACAAUUUGAGAAAGAGCAUGGGUGGACGAUCAAGGUCAUGGAUGAAAAAAGACAGAAUCCUGUGAGUGAGGAUAAGAGUUUCGCUGAAGUCCAUGAGACAUCACCUAUUCAGGAGGAAUAUGCACCGGUUGUCUUUGCUCAGGAUACACUUGCCCAUGUUGUGUCUAUUGACAUGCUAUCUGGGAAGGAGGAUCGGGAUAAUAUCUUAAGAGCCAGAGCAUCUGGAAGAGGCGUCCUCACUGCUCCUUUUGGGCUACUGAAGUCCCGAAGAUUGGGGGUUAUUCUUACUUUUGCUGCCUAUAGUAAGGAGCUUCCAUCAAAUGCAACGCCUCAGGAGCGUAUUGAAGCAACCAAGGGGUAUAUUGGAGGAAUUUUUGAUGUGGAGUCCUUGGUAGAGAAACUGCUUCAACAGCUUGCCAGCAAACAGGCUAUUUAUGUGAGUGUAUAUGACACAACUAACACUUCUGAUCCAAUCAGCAUGUAUGGUCUGCAUUUUGUGAACGAUGGGCCUCACCACAUCAGUCCCCUUCAUUUUGGGGAUCCCUUAAGAAAGCAUGAGAUGCGUUGCAGAUUUAAGCAGAAGCCUUCUUUUCCAUGGCUAGCGAUGACAUCAUCUUUGGGGUUCCUUCUUAUUAUCUUGUUGAUAGGACAUGUAGUGCAUGCAGCAUUCACUCGUGUUGUGAAGGUGGUGAGAGAUUUCCAUGAGAUGAUGGAACUAAAAGCAAGGGCAGAGGCUGCAGAUAUUGCAAAAUCUCAAUUUCUAGCUACUGUCUCACAUGAAAUUAGGACCCCAAUGAAUGGUGUAUUAGGUAUGUUACAGAUGCUCAUGGAUACUGAUCUUGACGAAACACAACUGGAUUAUGUGAAGACUGCUCAGGCUAGUGGAAAAGCUCUUGUAUCACUAAUAAAUGAGGUUUUGGACCAAGCUAAAAUUGAAUCAGGUAAGCUUGAGCUUGAGGCAGUCCAGUUUGAUCUGCGGUCCCUUCUGGAUGAUAUUGUAUCGUUGUUCUGUGGCAAAUCUCAGGACAAAGGAAUAGAGUUGGCUGCAUAUGUGUCUGAUAAGGUGCCAGACAUUCUCAUAGGAGACCCUGGAAGACUUCGUCAAAUUAUCACUAAUCUUGUUGACAAUUCAAUCAAAUUCACUGAAAAAGGGCACAUCUUUGUGUCUGUGCAACCUUUUGAUGAGGUGAAGAACUUGCCACAAACUGUUACUAAGCCUUUAUCCAGACAGUUUGGAGAUUGUAACAGGAAUGGUUGUAGCAACUCAUAUGAUACACUAAGUGGGUUUCCAGUGGUAGAAAGAAGACGCAGCUGGGAAAAGUUCUCAUUCAAUAUGGAUAGAUUCAUGAAUAACCAAAGUCUCAAGUCAAACACAUCAGAUUUCAUUAAUUUGCUUGUGUCAGUUGAGGACACGGGCAUUGGUAUCCCACUGGAGGCCCAAGCUCGUGUUUUUACUCCCUUCAUGCAGGCAGAUAGUUCUACAUCACGUAUCCAUGGAGGCACUGGUAUUGGCUUAAGCAUCAGCAAAUGCUUAGUUGAUCUCAUGAAUGGUGAGAUAGGACUUGCAAGUGAAUACCAUAUUGGUAGCACUUUCACAUUCACUGCUGUUUUCGCUAGAGGAAAGGCUAAACUGAAUGGUGCAAAUGACCCAAAACAGCAGUACAGACAAGAUUAUGUGAUGCCAGAGCUUCAGAGGAGCAUUGCUGUGGUGGUUGAUCCAAGAUCUGUUCGUGCUAAGGUGACAAAAUAUCAUCUGCAGAGGCUUGGCAUUCAAGCUGAAAUUUGCAGCGAUUUAAGCCAAGGCCUUGCUAAAAUAAGUCAUGGAGAAAAAGAGAUCAACUUGUUCGUUGUUGACGAGGAAGAGCUGGUUAAGCAAGAUCGUCUCUUUUCAGCAUUUUCAAUUGACAAGGCGAGGAAAGAUGCUGUAUUUAAUCAGAUCAAAUUCUUCCUCUUAUCUACUUCUGUAGCCCCUACAAAGACACGUGCUCAGUUUCUCAAGAAAUAUCCACUUACUGUGAUCAUGAAGCCCCUCAGGGCAAGCAUGCUCUCUGCGUGUUUUCAGCGUGUCAUGGGUGUCCAAAAGAAAGGAAAUUGUUGCCAUGGGGAUCUCCCUCUUUCAUCUUUAAAGAGUAUACUGCAUGGGAAAUGGAUCCUUGUUGUAGAUGAUAAUGCAGUGAAUCUCAGAGUUGCCGCUGGUGCUUUAAAGAAAUAUGGAGCUAAUGUAGAAUGUACUGAAUCUGGCAAAGAGGCCGUGAUGGUGCUUAAACCACCACACAAGUUUGAUGCAUGCUUUAUGGAUGUCCAAAUGCCAGAAAUGGAUGGGUUUGAAGCCACAAGAAGGAUUCGAGUCAUGGAAGCUGACAUCAAUGAUCGCAUUCAGAGAGGUGAGCUCUCAGCAGAAACAUAUGGUCAUAUCACAUAUUGGCAUGUACCAAUAUUAGCCAUGACUGCGGAUGUAAUUUAUGCUACACAUGAGGACUGUCGGAGGUCUGGCAUGGAUGGCUAUGUUUCCAAGCCCUUUGAGGAGUCCCAGCUUUAUGAAGAAGUAGCACGCUUCUUUGAGACUAAUUCAACCUCUGACUAGUACAGAUUCUAUGCCUUCUCCAAGUAAACUAGAAGAUGCUUCUUCUGUAUCGUAUUGUUGGUUCAUCUAAAUUAAUUUGUCAUCGAUAAAAUUGGGUCUUUGUAAAGUCUGUAAAUACAAAUUCCAAUGGAUUCAAGCACCACAAGGAUCAAUUUUAAUUCGUUAGACUUGAACUACUAGGAUCGAGUGAAGAAUGUCAUCUGCCUACUUUUCUUGUAAGUAAUAUCUUUCUGGCUGUAUGCAAGACUUGAAUGCUUACAUUUGAAAGAACUUUAGUGUAGCAAGAAGGGUCAAUGACAUCUGAAGUUGGAUUUGCUCCAAAUUGUACAUACAGCUUCCUAGUUCCUCCUAAUACGUUUCUAGUUGAAGAUUCGAUUGAUGGCUGGAGAUCAAUGACAUACAGAGAUUUCUUAUUCUUUGUAGCUUAUUCUUGUCAAUGGUCUACACUUUGUAAAAUUUGUAGAUAGAUCUGAUGGUCUGCAUUUGACGUGAGUGUACAGUAUUCAUUUAUUCUCAUUUUAUGCACCUCUA